AUGGGUAUCGAGUGCCAACUACGCGAAUCACUUCACAGCUAUGGCAUGUUCACUGGUGUUGUCUACGACCCCAAUGACCGGUACCCCGGUAGCCGCGCAUUUCCCGGACAUCAGGGACAAUUUUUCGAUGCUGAAUCCCCCAAAUGGUUCAUUACCAAUGGUGAUGAACCCAAGACAGCUGAUAUCUUGUGCUACGACCUGCACCAGUACAUCGUCAGCCCAGCGAAUAGAAUCAAUCUUUAUGCAUCAUUGCACAGUCGAAUCCGAGCCCCUUCCCAACGUACAUGCCCUCGGUACCGCGAUACUUGGGGGCCCCGACGGCAGCCAAAGUCGAGUACCAACUACGAGUGA